GUGUUGUUUAGAAAAUAAAUUAAAAUGACUAAUACUUGGUCUAAUGAGAAGACUCUUGACUUUAUUAAUGAAGUGCAAUUACAUCCUGAAAUAUGGAAUGUGGAAACAGGAAUGUAUAAAGACAAUAAUGCAAAAAAAGAUGCAUGGUCUAUUGUUGCUACUAAGUUUGAUAUAUCAAGUGAUGACGCUUACAAGAAAUUCCGAAGCCUGCGAACUUAUGUGAAGAAUGAGGAAAGAAAAAAGAAUAAAAGUGGUAGUGCUGGCGGCAAACAAACAAAAUGGUUUGCUUACGAUGCGAUGUCGUUUAUUCUUAGUCAAGAUACUCCAAAAACAAGACUGGAUAGUGAAAAUGCAACAGAAAAUGGGACUGAAGCCCAAGAGACUAGUAGCAUUGCUGACCAAGAGGUACUUUCAGAAACAACGGACUCUCUGCUUUGCUCUGUUCCCUCUCCAAAACCACGUGCUUCUAAGAAGUCCAAGACUGCAGAUCCCAUUUUGGAAAAGGCUCAAAACAUUAUACUUGAAGCAGGUGAAAAAAGAAGAAAUGAAUUUGCUGGUUUCGCAGAGCAUAUAGCAAACAAGUUAAGUAAAUAUGAUGACUAUACCCGUGCUCAGGCAGAAUUCAACAUAAUGAAAAUUUUAUUUGACUGUGACAUGGGAAAAUACAGAAAUCCAGCUUCGUUUACACAGAGUCCUGCUGGCGAUAGCGGAGAAAGAGCUAGCACUUCUCAAUCCCAAUAUUCAGAGAUGUCGCAAUACAUAUCACGACAAAAUACUCGGCAGCCUAUGACUCAAGAAUAUACCGCUCCUUAUCAGUCUCCACCACAACAGUAUGCUGAUCUACACCACACCCAGUUAACUGGAAAUAUUGCUUAUGAAGAACUUGUGACUAACUGUCAAUAGUGAUUCGCAAAUUCAUUGAUUCUACGUCGAACAAAAUUAAAUGUGCACUUAAUAAAUACUUAAAUAUUUACUUGCCUUUAUGUAUUCCUUUAAGCCUUCUAUUAAGGCUUCACAAACCUCUGGGACAAUAGUUGAAAUUGAAUAAGCUGUCAUUCUGAAAAGGUACAUUAAACUCUUGAAAGAAUCUCCAGUCGCUAAAUACCGUAGAGUUAUUGCUAAUCUUGUAGUCACAGGUAUUGCAUUCCUCAUGUUUGUAUCUUGCCUUUGUAUGUUUGGUCCAAUUCUGUUCACAAGAAAUUCGAAGUAGCUCUUAGACAUUUUUGUAAAAUUUUUAAAUAAGUAUUUAUCCAGCAUUAAUUCCUUGUCUACGGAAUCCAAAGUGUCACGCCUACUUAGAUAGGGUCGAAUCCACAUUCGUGUCCUUUUUUUUCGUUUUUUGCCAAAACAAUGUAAGCGGCUGCGAUGAGCGUCAUUUCGUCGGCCAUUGUUGCUGGAUUGUGUGGCUCAUUAAAGGGUUCUGAAUCAAAGGCCAUACUAUUGCAGCCAUAUUGCAACAUGUUGCCUGCUAUUGAUUGCUCAGCCAUAAAAUGCACUAAAAUGUUUUUUUGAUGGCUGGGCAAUGUUUGCAAAUAAUUGCAGCCACAAAUUGUCGUAAUAUAGCCCGUUUAGACGCCCCAUUACAGAAAUUAAAGAGAUUCAUAUUUAUAUACCUAAAUGUUAUUAUAUCCACAAACAAUUUAACAUGUAAUAUGUUUCACCACUUAGAUAAAUUUUUCUACAUUUUGCGUAAUCGCGUUUGAUUGUAGCGCGAGAACGAGUGACAUGACCAUUCGCUAAGUGUGUCUGACCGAAAUGCCGAAUUGACUACAUGAGCGCGACGCUCCGAGAGAAAAUAUAGUCUUUUUUAUUAUAGUUCUUUUAAAAAAAAUAGAUUGAGUGAUGGGACAAAGGCCAUAAUGAAAAAGAAGAACAAGGAUAUCCGUAAAGCGAUAAAAUCGACAGCUUUUUAAUGUUGAAAGACCAGGAACUUCAAUAACAUGCACUGCCACCAUACAAUCAGAUAAAGAUGAAUCAUAUUUGAACUCUGCGGCUCAACAACGAAAGUCAUCUAUUGACCCAUCUACUUAAAAAAAACCGGAUAUUUAUGUUUUUGACGAAGAGACCAUAGAGGAAUCACCAAUAAAUAUAACAAUUGAAGAUGCGUCUCAGAAUCAGACGUUAAGAAAUAACCGAGCGCAAACAGCAGUAAAUCUAUACAGAGAUCCAGCUUUAUAGAAAAUCAACGAUACCGUAAGGGAGAUUAUCACAAGUUACGGCUUCGAUCAAAGCAAGUCUUGUGACUUCUUUAAAAGUGAAAAAAUAUAUGCUGAUCAGCGUCGUUUCUUGCCAAUAAGUGUCUUCC